CCCACCACCGAUCACUACUAAUCGUCGUUCAGCGGUCGAUCAUUCGAUUCGGCCAAUAGGUACCGAUUAUUGUGUUAAAUGUUUAUUUUUAACAUAUUUUUAUCAACGGCCUACCGUCUAGCCGACUCCACGUUUUACUCGGUGGCCCUUGCUCAGUCAACGUGCUGUGCUUGUAUAAUCGCGUUUUGUUGAGUUCUCCAGAUAUAUCGACCACAGUGCAAAUACUGUACAUCGUCUUCCGCUAUUUAGUGCUUGGAAAGUUAAGUGUUAUUAUCGUUUAGUGUGUGUGUGUGUGUCAGCCUUACGUACCUACUGUUGCCGAGCCCGUUUUUCACUCGUCCGUAUCCGGCGUACCUCGUUUCUGACUUGUGCGACCGUGUGAUGGCCGACAUAUCCGCCGGAAGUCGACGGCCGGACAUCGACCACCGCAGUCGACGCGAUACCGACCGUGGAGGACGAUCCCAUGCCGAUCGCCGCGAACGAUCCGACACCGACCGCCGCGGACGAUCCGAUAUCGACUUCUCCGGACGACCCGAUGCCGACCAUCGCGGACGAUCCGAUGUCGACUUUUCCGGACGACCCGAUGCCGACUUCCCCGGACGGAUUGACGGACUCGAUUCGUUGUCUUUGAAUCACGACGUCCGUUCACAUAGUCAACAUGACAGUUUUACUUCAAGGCCUAAAAUUAUUCAUAGAGGACAAUUUAACCCAUAUCCUAAAAAUUACAAUCAAAUAAGUUCAUUCAAAGCGCACAACUAUGGAAAUAAAACUAUUAAAAAGAACUGGAAUAAUAAAAGCUACUCGGAUCAAAAUAAAUUUGAUGGCAGACCUUCAAAAUAUAAUGUACCAUCCAAAAAAAAAUUUUCUCAAAGGAAUUCUAGUCAUGGUAGUCAUGGCAAUUUCAAAAAUUCAUUGUGCAUUGUAGACAGAAGUAUAUCUGGUUGGUACUUAGUUCUUGUGACAAAUGCUGAAGAAUUUGAUGAAGUAUUGAAAAAAAUUGAAUUACAAAUCUCACCAUUAAUGUUUUAUCCAUACGAUAAACGAUUUUCUGAGAAUACAUUAAAAUUUCUUAUUGAUAAUUAUAAAGUUGCUGUGGCAUUGUAUAAUACAAGCUAUAAGAUAACACUAAGAGAUGAUAGAAAAUUAAUUAUAAAGGUCAUACCAUACUCACCUAAACGAAGGAUUUCAUCAUUAAUACCAGUAUCCAGUGAAGUAAAAGAAAAAAUUAUAGAAGCUGUGGCGACUCGUUACAACCCUAGAACCAAGAGUUUAGAUUUGUCAAAAUUCCAUGCUUAUUCAAUAUUUACCGAUAAUGAACUGUUUGUACCAUUAAAUCGACCUGCAGUUCUUUUGGCAACACUCAAUAUAGCUGCUCAACACACCAAGCAUAACUUGAAUCAUUUGAAUCUAGCCAGAAAUAACAUAUAUUUAGGUGAUGGGCUUGUAUGGAUACGUAGAUUGUUCCCUGAAUUGAAAGUGUUGAUAUUGGCUGAUAAUAAAUUUACUGAAUUAAAUAAACUAAAGAGUCUUUUUGGUUAUACUAUUGAAGUGCUAACAUUGUCCAAAAAUCCAGUAUGCGAAACAAUGGACAAAAAUUGUUACACACGGAAUGUACAAAAAUUAUUUCCUAUGUUAAUCAAGUUGGAUGAAUUAAAUUUGCCUUCUUUGACUAAUGCUGAUUCCAAGUUGAAAAUGCCAACCAACUUAGGAAAUAGUUACCCAAUACAACAGUUUAGCUCUAACUUGGUACAAUCAAAUCCAGUUAUGACUUUAGUAGAAUUGUUCCUAGCAAAAUACUAUGAACAGUAUGACAACAAAGUAUCCAGACAAAUGAUAUCAGAAGCUUACCACGAUAAUGCUACAUAUUCACUAUCUAGUUGCUUACUAAAAUCUUGUAUGCAUGGUAGUCUAGCGAAUUACAUACCUGAAAGUCGAAAUUUGUUGAUAUCCGAUCAAAACCAAAGUAUUAAUUGUCUUAUACACAAAGGCAAAGAAAACAUAAUAAACAUUUUAGAAAAGUUGCCCAAAACAAAACAUGACUUUGGCUCAUUCAUAAUUGAUGUACCAUUUGCAAGUUCUACAAUAAUCCAGGUAGUGGUGAAUGGCGUGUUUGCCGAAGAAUUUAAUGAAAACCACAAUCAUCAAGUAUUUAGAUCAUUUUGUAGGACAUUCAGUUUAGUACCUGCUAAAAAUAGUUGGAUAAUAUUAAGUGAUAUGAUGUUUAUAACAUUAGUAUCCUCUGAGUUAAUGGAAGAAUCAACAAAACGGUUCUAUGUUUUUAAACCAUCAAUGACAAAUUAUCCAUCUAAUAGCAACAGUUUUAAAACUGCAAUGCUUAUAGGAGAUAAAUUACCUGAUGUAUUAUCAACAUUAUGUUCAAAGACAGCCAUACCUAACUGUCUGUCAUCAGAAUACCAACAAGACUCACUUUCAUCAAAGCAGUUCUCUCCAUUGUCACAGACCAUAGAUACACAGUCAACAUCUACUUUUCAGACAUCUGUAGUUCAGCACUUACAAUCAUCACAUCAGCAGCGGCAUUGCCCUGGAUUACCAUUAACUACACCAAUAGUCAGUAUGCUAUCCAACUCUCAACCGUUGACUUCCUUAUGUCCUAUGUCUAGCACUAAAUUAUCAUUUCCUGUACCCAACACAAAACCAAUAGAACCAGCCCUUUCUACAGCAUCAACUAAAAUCCAUUUAGAUUCUUCUAAUAAUCAUAAUGAAAAUUCUAAAAAUGAAUUGUUAAUGAUUAAGAGGUUUUCAAAUGAGUCUGGAAUGAACGAUAAAUGGUCAAAAAGGUGUUUAGUUGAAAAUAACUGGGAUUAUGGCAAAGCUACAUUAAGUUUUUCAAAACUAAAAUCUGUAAUUCCUUCAAUAGCAUUUAAACACUGAUUAAAGUUAUUUUUAUUAUUUUAUAUACUAUAAAGAAGUUAAAAUAUACCUAUUGUUUGUCUUUUUAAA